UUUUUUUAAUGUCUAAAAAAUAAUUCACUUGGGACUUUUACUAAGCAACAAAUUUAUUUAUUUUGUUAUGAUUGGCAGAAAAUAUCAUAAAUAAAUUCCUCUUAAACAGGAUAACUUGAGUAAUUUAAUUAAAAAUAUGUUAAAAUGUGGAACACAAGAAAAAUUGUUGCCGGCAUUAAACAAAAAAUGGAAACCCAUCGAAAAAUGUGACAGAACAAAGAUAUUGCAUUUACGCCGUCCUUCAAAAAUAUCCAAGCUCAUAGAUUCUGUGCCUCUACCCAAAUCCAGACCAAUUAAAGACGCCUUACCUAAUUGGGAAAUUCGAGAGCUUUCCCAAAAAAUUCCUCAGUAUCAUGGACCUGGUCCGAACGGUCCUAUAAACUUUCACCGAGGUAUUAUUGGUCAUUAUCCAUGGAAAGUGGCUACAGGUAAAUUGAAUUUUUCUUUGGAUGAUCCGUAUGGAAACGAAGUGUCUUAUUCAUAUAAUCCACUGCACGAUCCGCAUUUAAAACGAUGGAUAAACAUUGAAAAUAAUCGAAAGUUUCUUAUAAAACAAGGACUUAUAACAAAAGAUACUGAAGUUAUUUGUAGUCUCAAAGAGUACAAUGAGUACAGGAGGUUUCUUUGGCGCGUACAUAAAGAUGAAAUCAAUCGAAAAAUUAAAGAGGAAGAUGAAAAAAAAAUUGAACAAAAAAAAAUUUCUAAUGCAAUUAAAAAUCAUAAGAAAGACAUUGCGAAAAAAAUGGCUCAAUUAAAAAUCUUAAUAACUGAAAAGAAUCUAAAGGAAAAAGAUUCCUUUAAAUUUAAAAAAAAUGAAAAGAAAUUUGGCAAAAAAAAAAAAUUAAAUCGUUGGGUAAAAAAACCGUUUAAAAAAAUAGAAACCUACACGGUUUACGGGGAAAAAAAAGGUGGCAUUAUAGAUCCUUCCAAUUACAAAGGAAUAUUCAUUAAAGGUUCUCCUGAAGAUUUCAUAGUGCUGGACUUCUAUAAAUAUUUAUUUAAAGAGCCAACUCGUGAUUUACAAUCAAAAAGUAAUUGUGUACUGAAUAAUAGUUAAUUAUAAACUACAUUUAAAACAAUUUUACAAAAUAAUAGUAAUAUAAAAUUUAAGAUGUUAAUAAAUGAGUUUUUAAUAAGUCUGUUGUAAUAAAACAUAUACCAAAAAAUACAAACAUUAUGUAAUUGUGAAUUCUGUGUUAACGCUUUUAUCUUAAGUUUGGAACCUCUAGGGUGUAAGCUUGCUAUUUUUAUUUUUAUAUACAUAUAAAUUAUAAAAAUGUAUUUAUUUUAAAGUACAGAAUUUUUUUAAGUGGUGAAAUUCAGUCAAUUUAUGAUACAAUGUAUGUUACGCAGUUUCGAUUUGUGAGAAAUAAACAAUAAUUAGUGCGAGUGUAGGAUAACGUACACUGACAUGUCACAUAAACAGCUCGUUUGAAAUCAGAUUAUGAAUACAAAGAAAAUAUCUGUUUGUGUUCUAAUAGUAUGACAAAAUCAG